AUGUCCGACAGCGAGUCGGAGGAGCCGUUAAGCGACGAGGAGACGAAGGAGGAGCCGGGCCCGCCGGAGGAGUUGCGCGUACUCUUCGCGGCGGCGGAGUACGGCCGCGCGGACAUCGUCGCGUCGGCGGCGAAGUCGCUCCAGGAGAAGCUCGAGGCGCCCGGCGACCCCGUCGACCUGGGCCGCGUCCUCGGCGACGCGACGAACGACGCGGGCGCGCACCUCCUGCAGGUCGCGUGCGACCACGGCAAGGUCGACGCCGUGCGCGCGCUGCUGAGGGUGGGCGCGUACCCGCCCGUGGCCGCGCCGGCGGCCUGGCUCAGGGACGGCACGCCCUGCCGCGCGGCGGCGCACGCGGAGCUCAUGCAGCAGGUCGCGCUCGGCGACGUGUCGCGCGUCGAGAAGUGCCUCGCGCUCCUCGGACCGUCGCCGCUCCUCAGCGACUGCGCGCCCUUCGGCGGCGACGGCCCGCUCCACUGGGCCGCGUCCUUCGGCCAGGUCGCGCCCCUCGAGGCGUUGUUGGCCGCCGGCGUCGCCGCGGACGCGCUCAACGACGACGGCGUCACGCCGCUCCACGAGGCCGCGAAGGCCAACCACGGGGAGUGCGUCGAGAAGCUCGUCGCCGCGGGCGCGGACGUCGCCCUCGCCGUCGCCGAGGGCACGAACGCGGGCAAGCGCGCCUGCGACCUCGCGACGAAGCCGGACGUCCAGGCGGCCUGCGCCGCGCCCGAGCCGCCGCCGAAGAAGGCGGCCGCGGCGCCGGCCGCGGCGCCGGCCGCGGCGCCGCGGCCCGCGGAGGGCGCCGACGGCGCCGCGCGGUGCCGCGCGCCCCUCGUCUGGCCGCCGCCGCGGCGCUGCCGCCUGCUGCGGGGCGCGCCGGACCUGAGGCUCGGCGGGCCGUCGAUCGUCGUCGGCGUCGAAGAUCCGGACACCGCCGAGGCGGCGUACGCGUCCGCGCUCCGCACUUUACGGGUGGAGAUCGGCGCGCGCUUCGCCGUCGUCGUGGGCCCGCUGGGCGAGCCCCACGACGUGAGCUUCCGGCUCUGCGCGCGGUCCACGGGCGGGCCCGAGAGUUACCGGAUCCUCGUCGCGCGCGGCGCGGCCGCCGUCGUCGGCGCGGACGCCGCGGGGCUCAAGCACGGCGCGUCGACGCUCGCGCAGCUCCUGCGCUUCCACGCGUCCUGCGCGACGGAGGCCGGCGGGUCGUCGACGGUCUUCAAGCUGCCCGCGCUGGCCAUCGACGACGGGCCCGACGCCUCCGUCCGCGCGGGCCUCGUCGACGUCCGCGGCGCCGCCGCGCCGCGGGCCGCGCAGGUCGACGACGACGCGCGGCGCCUCGCGUCCUGGCGCCUCAACGCGCUCUUCGUGCUCUGCGACGGCGCGGGCAUGGACGCGUUCGACGGCGACGCCGCGCGCGCGGCGGGCGGUCCCGUCGCGGGCGACGCCGACGCCGGGGAGGACACGCGGGGCUUCUUCGGCCGCCGCUUCCGCGCCGCGCCGCCGCCCCGGGCGCCCGCGGUCCCGGAGCCCGCGCCCUUCCCCUGGCACAGCGCCGACGGCGGCGACGGCUACGUCGACUGCGAGCCCGACCCCGCGCUCCGACCCGACGGGACGUCGACGCCCGCGUGCGGCGCGCUCGCCGCGCGCUGCGCCGCGCGCCACGUCGCCUGCAUCCCGACGGUCGUCGUCGCGCCGGGCGGCGACGCCGCGGCCUGCGUCGCGGACCUGGUGGCCGCGUGCCGCCGCUUCGGGUCGAGGGAGUGCUGCGUGCGCUUCGAGGCGCGCGUCGGCGACGACGACGCGCGCGCGCACCUCCGCGCGGCGGCCGCGGCGCUGCCCGCGGCGACGGACUGCGCCGUGCUCUGGGUCUGGGGCGCGUCGGAGGCCGCCGAGGCCGAGGCCGCCGCCGUGCUCGAGGCCGCGACGCGCGAGUACGGCGCGCGGCCCCUGAGCCUCGCGGCGGUCCUCGACACGGCCGACGGCGACCCGACGGGCGGCGCGAAGCUCGCGCGGAAGCGGGCCAACGCCGCGGACGCCCUCGUCUGCGGCGGCGCCGACGGCGAGCGGCCCGCGGCGCUGCGCCAGGCGCCGCUCGUCGCGUCGCUGGUCGCGGCGGCGCGCGCGUGCCGCGCGGAGCGGUGCGGCGGGGUGGUCGUGAUGGCCGCGCCGACGCAGAGCCCGAACGCCUGCUUCCCGAAGCCGUUGGCGGACGCGACGGCGUUGAUCGGGGCGGGGUUGGCGUGGCGCGCGGACGCGGGCGCGGACGCGCCGAGCGCGGGCGGCGGCCGGUCGCUCUCGCAGGCGGAGCUCGAGGCGUUGACGGCCGCGCACCUCUGGCGCCUCGACCCGCCGCGGCGCGACACGUCGGGCGACGCGUCGAACGUCGCGGACACGCAGUCGACGCAGCAGCGGCGCCUCACCUCGGCCGCGGCGGCCGUCGUCUGCGGCCGGUCCGAGCGCAGGGACCCCAAGUCCGACGGCCGCGGCCGGAGCCUCCUCGCGGAGUGCCAGCGCGGCGACCACUUCCACGCGCCGGCGCAGGAGCCCGACGGCCCGAGGCCGACGCCCGCGACGGUCCUCGACGACGAGGCCGCGCUCUGGCCGCCCGUCGCCGCGGCGCCCGCGGGAACGUCCGCGCGGGACGUCGCCGAGGCCUUCGUCGCGCGGCUCGCGCGGGAGGCGGACCUGGCCGCGUCGGGCGACGGGUCGCGCGCGGCGGACCUGCGGGCGCACCACCGGCGCCUCAGCGAGCUGCUCAAGGCGCCCUACGGCGAGGACGGCGACUUGGACCCGACGGCCGUGUGGAAGUGGCACCACGACGAGCUCGGCUUCUUCUUCAACCUCGACCGCGUCGUCGACGAGGACGACGGCGACGGCGACGGCGACGAACACGACGGCGACGACGACGACGGCGCCACGCCCGGCGCGCGGCGCCGGCGGCUCCGCGACGACGCGGACACGGCGCACGCGCGGCUCCGGCGCGUGCUCGACGAGCUCCACGUCGCCGUGGACCUCCUCCGCUGGAUGGCGCGGCUCCGCCAGCUCCUAUUGGCGCGCGCGACGCUCGACCCGGACCUCCCCGGGGACCCGGCGAAGCUGCUGGCCGCCGUGCCCAGUGGGACGCGGUCCGACGUCGCGAACCGGCUCCUCGAGCUCCUCCAGUGCGGCGCGGCCAUCUGGGCCCGCCGCCACGCGCCCGCGGACGCGGCCGCGCGCGCCUUCGCGCCCGCGCCCGCGUUCCUCGCGGCCAUCACCUUCGACCUCCCCAACUUCCAGUACGACGAGAUCGAGCGCCUCAUCCUCGCGACGUCCGUCGCCGCGCCCUAG